GAGAAACUGUCGGCAGCAAAUGCCCUAGAUUUUUUUCCUUCCCUCCAGGAGGAAGAAUCAGAGAGAGAGAGAGGGAGAGAGAGAGAGGCCUGAAAAUAUCGCGACAUUUGAGAUAUUACGGCGAGAUUUUGAGAUGAUGAAGAGAUCGAGCUUCCAGAGCGAAGGAUCGACGAAAGACGGAGAAGCGGUGGAGUGGGAGAUGCGGCCCGGUGGAAUGCUCGUGCAGAAGCGUGAUGGGAAGCCCGAUAUUCCCGUGCCGGACCUCCGCCUACGUAUCGCUUACGGAACGCUCCGUUACGACAUCUCCAUCAAUUCUCAGGCGACUUUCGGUGAAGUGAAAAAGCUUCUAUCUGUAGAGGCCGGACUGCAACCUGGCGAACAACGGCUAAUUUUCCGCGGUAAAGAGAAAGAGAACGGCGACUAUCUCGAUAUGUCCGGCGUCAAGGACCGGUCGAAAAUCGUCCUGACAGAGGACCCAUCGAGCCGUGAGAAGAGAUUCAUUGAGAUGCGUCGGAAUGCUAAGAUUCAGAGCGCCCACCGGGCCAUUUCUGACGUUUCCAUGGAAGUCGAUAAGCUAGCUGAUCAGGUAUCCGCCAUUGAGAAAUCGAUAUCGAACGGGACCAAGGUAGCAGAAGUUCAGAUCACGACAUUGAUCGAGAUGCUCAUGCGACAAGCGAUCAAGCUUGACAGUGUGUCCACGGAAGGAGACGCCUCUGCGCAGAAGAAUUUACAGUCUAAAAGAGUGCAGAAGUGUGUGGAGACAUUGGAUGUGCUAAAGGUCUCAAAUGCAAGAAUAAAGCCGGUGGUCGUCACCACAAAGUGGGAGAAGUUCGAGCCGCGGGCCUCGACCCAAUGGGAAUUUUUUGAUUGAUCUUCUCUUCUUAUUUCUUCUCUGCUUCCAUUCAUUUUCUGCUGUACUCGAGAGCCUGUAUAAGACUAGAACAACAUCUCCUUGUAUCCAUAGCCCCCUCUAUUAAUACACUUGCUAAAUAAGCGAUAGAUUCGCUUCUAUUGUUCAA